ACAAAAUCUUAAAAACUAUAUUACCAUUUUCUUCCACUAACCUUUCUAAAAACACAACUGUUUCAUACCAAAUCGGUAAGUCCCUUCAAAAUUCCUCCACAUCUUCAAGAAAAUCCAUGACCAACCCAUUACAAUGGCAAACAUCAAUUUCUCGGUUGGUAAUGAAUUGGGUUUUAUUUAGUAUCUUAUCCCCACAAAAGAUUUUCAAGAAACAUUAGUGAAAAAAUCCUUCUAUUCAGCAAGAUUCCGUGUGCAUUGGCUGUUUCAUGGAGAAUGUAUGAUUUCUAAGGCCCUGUUCUUGGUCUUUCUGGCCUUUUGCCCGGCAAUUUUGGCGCAGGAAUCUGAAGAUGCCAAACUUGUCAUCAACACAAGCUCAACCGUUGCCAAAACGGAUGCUAAUUAUAUUUGUGCCACCAUUGACUGGUGGCCUAAAGAGAAGUGUGACUACAAUAGAUGCCCGUGGGGGUCAUCUUCUGUGAUAAAUCUUAACCUAUCUCAUCCUUCUCUAAUCAAUGCUAUUCAAGCUUUCAAGAAUUUGAGAAUCAGAGUUGGUGGUUCUUUGCAAGAUCAAGUACUUUAUGAUGUGGGAAAUUCAACAUCUUCUUGUCAACCAUUUACGAAGCAGAAGGGCGGGUUAUUUGGAUUUUCAAAGGGUUGCCUACAUAUGCGGAGGUGGGAUGAUCUGAAUACAUUUUUCAAGAAGACAGGAGUUAUUCUCACUUUUGGCCUUAAUGCUCUUUAUGGGAGGCACCAUUUGCGAAAAGGAGUUUGGGGAGGUGAUUGGGAUCCCAGCAAUGCUCGUGAUUUCAUCAGAUACACUAUUUCUAAGGAUUACAAUGUUGACUCUUGGGAAUUUGGUAAUGAGUUGAGUGGCAAGGGGGUCGGUGCUAGUGUUGGCGCGCAACAGUAUGGAAAAGAUUUGGUCCGUCUCAAUACUAUGGUCGAUGAACUGUAUGAAAAUCCCAUGCCAAAACCGGCUAUCUUGGCUCCGGGAGGGUUCUAUGAUAAGGCGUGGUUUGACACGCUGCUUCAAGUCUCGGGCCCUCAUGUAGUCAAUGUUCUGUCGCAUCAUAUGUACACUUUGGGUCCAGGAAAUGACCCGAACAUCAUGAAAAAGAUCCUAAACCCGAAUCACUUGGACAAGGCAUCAUUGACAUUUGGCAAUCUUAGUUCCACCAUUUUAGCAAAUGGUCCUUGGGCUGUAGCUUGGGUUGGUGAAUCAGGAGGGGCCUUCAACAAUGGUGCUAGGGGAAUAUCUAACGCGUUUCUCAACAGCUUCUGGUAUCUGGAUCAACUUGGAAUGGCAGCCAAGUACAAUACCAGAGUCUAUUGCCGGCAGACUUUGAUAGGCGGCUUCUACGGCCUCCUCAACAAAACUACGUUCGUCCCAACCCCCGACUAUUAUAGUGCAUUACUCUGGCAUCGGCUCAUGGGAGACGGAGUACUCUCCAUUCACAGCCACGCGUCGCCAUUCUUGCGUACUUAUGCUCACUGUGCAAGAGAAAGAGCCGGUGUAGUCGUUCUUCUGAUCAAUUUGAGCAACCAGACUGCGUUCGACAUUGAAGUUGAAUCAAGUGACAGUGCUCAAGUGCAAGUCAUCAAGACAAGGUCCGUGGUGCACAGGAUUAAGAAGUCGGUCUCGUGGAUUGGCAACAGAGCCUCGGACGAGAAACUGUCGAGAGAGGAGUACCGGUUGACUCCCAAGAAUGGCGAUCUUCGAAGCACUAUGAUGCUGUUGAACGGACAGCCGCUGCAGCUAACUGAGACGGGAGGGGUGCCGGACCUCGCUCCCGCCCACGUCGAAACGAACGCUCCUCUAAGUGUCGCUCCGCUUUCGGUUGCAUUUGUGGUGUAUCCCAACUUCAAUGCUCCAGGAUGCAAGUGAAGUUUGUGUAGCAGUUUGAAGGUUUGCUUCUUAUCUCAUGUGGUAGGGUUAGUUUUGUUAUACUGUACAUGUGUUUUUGAAGAGUGAUUAGGCUUUACUACUCUAGUCUAGUCUAGUAAACAAGUAGAAUGCUGAUAUUUUGGUGUAUUAGGUAGUAUGCUUUGUAUUCCUUGUUAUAUACUUAUUCUUUGUGAAAUGUAAUUUCAUCAAACAAUAAUGUAAAAUGAAAGAUUAAUAAUGUCAAGUUCUGGUUUUGAUCUUGA